AUGUCAACUUUUCCAUUUAUGAACAACGUUGAAAGCAGGAGACCGCCUCCUGGAAAUAUACCACGUGCCGACAAGCUUGUGGAACCGCGCCGAUUUGGGAUCUCGCACUACUGCGGUUGGGAAAUUGGCAACCUUACUACCAGCUUUGGGGCUCUUGAGAAAAAAGUGGAAGAUCUAGCUCGAUCAUCGGUGCUACGCGGCUCAAGUGGUGGGGUAGAAGCUAAUGUGGCCGAAGCAGGAGCAGCGGCGGAGGAUGACUUCGAACCCCAACCGCUCAAUGAGGACGCGGUCCCAGAAGCCACGCCAAUCGAAGUCGAUACUAGUGAGGCUGCUCGCGAUUUCAGGAAGCAGGAGCAUAUUAGGUUAAUGGCAAUGGCGGAUAAGACUAUUAGAGAGGCCCGCCGUACCAUUAUCAAGGCUGAGAAGACCAUUUCAGACGUCAAGGAGUCUCUCGCUGCCGACUUCGAUCGCUUGGAGCGAGAGAGAGAGGCUAGAGUGUCGGCCACGCGGUAUGUGCCGCCGACGAGGCAGCCGGAAGGGUCGGACGAACCCGUGGAUCGGACCGAUGUAGCGGAGGAAGGAGAGGCGCAUUUCGAUUACAUGAAUGUGUCGAUUCAAAACACCAAUCCGAUCUCACAGAGCGAGAGCAGAACGGCAGCGCAGGCGAAUGGAGGGAGCUCUGAAGGGGGAACGCUUGAAAGGAACGUUAAGAGACAAAUCAGUAUGCUUGAAUCCGGGACCUCGCAACUAAUCGGAUCGAUCGCAACCUCUGAGCCGGCGGUGAGAGAUGAGCAAGGUACUGUCAACCAAGAGGACUGUAAUCGGGCCAGUAAGCGACCCAGAUUGAACUGA